AUGGAGAAUGUUCACGGAAUCCCCAGGCAGUGCCAUUGCGGAUCUCAGACCAUUGUGCUCACUUCCAAGACUAAAAAAAACCCUGGCAGAAGGUUCUUUCGUUGCGGAACAACUUCCGGUACAGGCCAUGUUUUCAAGUGGGUUGACGAAGCUAAUUCCGAAGAGUUGGGCCUUUUGGCAGAUAAACAAGCGACGUUCGAACUGGACCUUAUCCAACUUAAGCAAGAACUUAUUGACAUGAAGAAAGAUAUCAGCGAGAUUGUUGAGGUUUUAGAGGGUAUUAAAUCUAAGGUCUAG